CAGGCAGAAAGGGAGACAGGACGACAGACAGACAGACAGGCAGACAGGCAGACAGGCAGGACUUUACGGGAUGGGAACAGACGACUGUGACCCAGUGUUUCCAGCUGUUGGCAGUUUGUUGCGGAGGCGCGGAGCUCAUGUAGAGCAGCCGGGAACUGGCACCGGGACACGGACUACGCUGCGGGGGUCUGCGAACUAAAACAUGGGAGCGGUGAAGUGAGGAGAGAGACGUCCCGAAGAGCAAACAGGAAAAAAGCAAAGGCAUAAUGGUCCUCCUCCUGUAUUUUGGCUUGUCACUGCUGGCAGCUGUCCAGUCCAGCACCAUCAAGAACUGCCACCCUGGUUGCCACUGCGAGGUGGAAAGCUUUGGCCUGUUCGACAGCUUCAGCCUGACCAGGGUGGACUGUCGAGGGUUAGGACCCAGCACUGACAUGCCCAUCACCAUCCCACUGGACACUGCCCACCUGGACCUGUCCUCCAAUGCCAUGGGUCCACUCAGUGACACCAUGUUAUCUGGUCCAGGCUACACCACCCUCAUCAGCUUAGACCUCAGCAGCAACCAUAUUACAAAGCUAAGCCCCAAUGCUUUGUCCAAGCUGCGUUACCUGGAGACUCUGGAUCUGAGCCACAACAACCUGGCGAGCCUCACCUCGAGCUGCUUCUCUGGCCUCCCUCUGGCUGAAGUUGACCUCAGCCACAACAGCUUCCAGGAGUUUGACAUUAAUGUGUUUGCUACCAAAGUCAAUGGUGAACCUGUCAGUGUGGAUCUUUCUCAUAACAAGCUCUCAUCAGUGUCCACGACUUUGCAUGGAAAAGUUUUACACAUUCAAACCUUAAAUCUCUCAGCAAACCGGCUGUCGGAUGUUCCCAGGCUGGCAGGACUUCCUCUGAGGUAUCUCAAUCUGGAUGGUAACCCCAUCGUGCAGAUUAAGGAGGGAGCGUUUGCUCUGCUGAAAGAUCUGGUCUAUUUAUCCAUCAGUGGCCUUCAUGAGCUUCAGGAAAUUGAGUCUCACAGCUUCAAGGGCCUGCAGAGCCUCCAGGUUCUAGAUCUCUCCAACAACCACAAGCUGAAGGCUCUUAGCCCCGCAGUUUUCAGCGGACUCGACUCCCUGCAAGAGCUGAAUUUGUCGGGCUCUGGUGUGGUGUCCUUGCCUAAUAACAUGCUGGCCCACUUGCCCAGUAUUAAGAGUAUUACACUGGGUCGAGGCAUCCAGUGCUGGAGGACCCAGAAACAGGGACAGUUCCACCCGCAGCUGGGUCAGGUCCAACACAACGAAGUUCUGAACUGUAACGUGGAGGGCAUAGUGCUGUGAGACUGGUCAUUGACCAUUCCUUACAAUCAUGAUGCCAAGGCUGUGCCUUCUUUUUUGAUAUGCAAACAUUUUGUUUUGCAACUCUCUGAAAUACAUCUUGAAAUAUGUCUUAAAGGUUUCAUGUAGGCUUCAUGAACUCCACACACGUGUAUCAUAAAUGCUACGACUUUUUAAAACGGUGGCAUAUUUUACAGAAUAUUACAUGGCACAGAACAAUUUUUUCACAUCUUCACAUACAGUAGAGUUUGAAAUGGUAGGAAACUUCCACUAAAAACCAAAACUUUAAGUAAUAUUCAAACUUAAUGUUCUUCAUUUAAAGCGGGACCAUGUAAAGAGCGAUUUGCCCUUUUUCCAAUAAUGUUUUUUUAUAAAAAUGCACAUUGACAAAAUUCCAUCCAGUGUUGAAGCUUACAAAACCUUCUGUCGACCACUAAUAAUUUUCAUUUGACUUUGAAUGUGAUGAUUAAUGGAAAUGAUUAAAAGGAAUAUUUCAAUAUUGUGGGAAAUGCACAUAUUCGCUUUCUAGUUGAAAGUUCAAGAAGACGAUUGACGCGAACAGCAAGCUGGGCUCUGUCCAAAGAGUUCAGCUUUUGUAAAAAUGAAAGAAAUGACUUUUUAAUGUGUAUUAUUUGAAUUUUGAGCCAGGCUAGCCGUUCCUUUCUGUUACGGUUCUUUAUGCUAAGCUAAACCAACUGUUUGGUUAUAGUAAAAAAGUUAAUAAAUGUUCAGAUUGUCAACAUGUACUUUCCACAGAGCAGUACAUAUUGAUCUAGUGUGGUCUGAACAGAAAACAUCCGGUAAGACUGACACAACUGCAAAAGAGAAAGAUCUUUCAUUGUCACUGCCAACAUUUUUUUAUUCUACUGCUCAUAAUUUCUCUUACAAAUAUGAGCUAGAAACCAACAACUUGUCUUCUGCGUUUAGACCGUUUCUUUUCAAUUUGACACAAGGUUUGGUGCACAUUCUUUGCAAUAUGAAGUGCUCGCUGAUCUUGUUGACCAUGCUGACUUAAUUUGACCUUCAGUCAAAGUAGAUGAACAAGACACACGUGACCAGCGAGCCAUAACUCUGAGAUAUUUAGUAAUGGAUUGAUGCUGGUCUCUGUUGAUGUUUUAACACCAAGCCGUACUAUCUGUGCUGUUGCCUGUAAACCCUACCGAAACAUUCCUGUGGUAUUUCUGAGAGGAUCAGCCUCAAGACUGCAUUUUAGGAUUUGUGACAUUUUGAAAGGCUUGAGUGUUUUUGAGGUUUUAAAAUUAAAUCCACCUUCGUCAGUUGGUUAAUGGAAAUCCAGAUGAGCCCAGACUUUUUUAUAGGAGUUUAUAUUGUGUAUGUACUGUUUGAAAUUAUAUUGUAUAUAACUUUUCAAAUAUAUGACACGUAUGUGUAAUACAUUGACUAUUCUCACA